AUGUUUUAUGGUAUAUAAUUAUCAGCAGGGGAAUCAUAAACUAUUUAGAAAGUAGAUGAUCAUAAUUAAUUUGUAUUAUCAUAAGCAGUUUUGGUUAAGGGUAUCAAUAUUAAUGUAUUAAUGAAUGGAAUAGUCAUAGCUUCGUUGAAUCAAGUAUGAUUAUAUUGAUGAAUAGAAAAACUCUUAAAUGUCUCUUAGAAUUAAGAUCACACCUGAAUAACAAAUAGCAAAGCUUGAAGCAAAGGGAAAUGGAACUGUUCAUUUAUGUGGAUAUCACAUGAAAUUUGAUUUAGAAAAUGAAGAUGUUGAUUUACAAUCUGUAGCACAAUUAUUAAAAUAAAAUAAUGAAAAAACUCAAAGUAAAAUUUAAAAAUAAUCUGUUGUUUCUAUAAUUGAUAAUUAACCAAAAUGGGAUGAAAUGGAUUGGGAAGAUGAAUAAUUUUAAAAGAGAAUUAAAUGA